AUGGUCAAGCCGACGUUGAUUGUCGAUACGAUCAAGCUCGCGCUCGUCGCGUUCCUCACGAUGCUCCUGAACCUGCUGCAGCCGUCGUCGGCCAAGGCGCUGGAGACGACAGUGGACUCGCUCUGGGCCGACGACGAGGAGAAGGUCGUGGCGACGCCGUCGAGCAAGACGCGCAAGACCAAGGCGCGCCGGGCCAAGGCCAAGGAGAGCGUCAACCUCACGUUUGCAGACGUCGACCGCGCCGCCCGUCGUGUGGCCGCCACCCUGCAGCAAGAUGCCAAUUUGAAGAAGGGCGACCGCGUCAUGCUCGCGUAUCCCCCAGGCCUCGACUUUGCCAUGGGCUUCUGGGGCUGCCUCUACGCCGGUGCGAUCGGCAUCCCUGUCUACCCGCCGUACCCGGGCACGCUCGCCAAGGACCUCCCCAAGUUUAACCGCAUGGUCGACGACUCGGGCGCCAAGGUCAUUCUGACCAACCGGACGUAUUACAUGGCGACGCAGCUCGCAACCGCCAAGAGCUUCUUCUCGAGCUCGGUCACGUGGCCCAAGGACAUCAGCUGGGUGUCGUCGGACGCCGUAGCUGACUCGAUGGCCGACUUCUACACUGAUGUCGAGUGCUCGUUUGACGAUUUAGCCUUCUUCCAGUACUCGUCCGGCUCAACAUCCGAGCCCAAGGCCGUCAUGGUGUCGUACGGCAACGUCAACGCGCAGCUCAAGGUCUGGGCUGCGAUUCGUGAGACCGACACGAUGGUUUCAUGGGUCCCGUCGUACCACGACAUGGGUCUUGUCGUCUUUAUCCUUGCGCCAGCCUCGACUGGUGCCCGGUGUGUGUCGAUGUCUCCGCUUUCGUUCAUCAAGGACCCGUCGCUUUGGAUGCGCACGGCCUCCAAGUACAAGGCCACGCAGAUCUGCGCACCCAACUUUGGCUAUGCCCUUGCCGCCCGGAAGACGACCAAGAAACAGGUUGCUGACCUCGAUCUUACGCACCUCCGGCAAUGCCUAUGCGCCGCCGAGCCGAUUCGUAUCGAGUCGCUCAACGCGUUCACUGAGACGUUUGCGCCUGCCGGCUUCAACCCCAAGACGUACGGCUGUGGCUACGGUCUUGCCGAGGCCACUCUGGCCGCGACGGGCCCCGACCCGUACAACCCGAAGGAGCCCGUCGUCUUUGUCGCCAAGAAGAACGCUCUCGAGCAGCACAAGAAGGCUCAGCGCGCGCCGGUCGACCACCCGGCUGUCGACACCAUGACGCUUGUCGGCUGCGGCACACUCCGCCCGACGUUCAAGGUCAUCAUCGUCGACCCCGAGACGCACGAGCAACUGCCCGACUGCCGCGUCGGUGAGAUCUGGAUCCAAGGCGAGAGCGUCACCAAGGGCUAUUGGAACCGCGAGCAAUACACGAAGGAGCAGUUCCAGGCGACGGUCCGCGGCACGGCCGACACACCCGAGAACCACUACUUGCGCUCGGGUGACAUGGGUUUCUUUGACGGUGACGUCAUGUACGUCACGAGCCGUCUCAAGGACCUGAUCAUCAUUCGCGGCCGCAACGUGUGUCCGCAAGACGUCGAGCGUACGACCGAGCUGGCCCACGACGAAGUUCGUCCUGGCUGCGUCGCGGCCUUCUCGAUCGAGACGUCCAACCAAGAAGAGGCCCUUGUUGUCGUCGCCGAGAUGCGCUCGGACCUCAAGAAGGACCAAGACAAGCUCCGCGCCAUCGCCAACGCGAUCGCAACGUCGGUGUUGUCGGAACACCAGCUCCGUUGCGCCUCGAUCGUCCUCUUGCGGCCUCGCAGCAUCCCCAAGACGACGAGCGGCAAGAUCCAGCGUCGUGGCACCAAGGCCAAGUUUGAAGACAACACGCUCGCCGCCCAGUACACGCAUACCGGUGUGAUCCAAGCGACACCCAAGGAGGCGCCGGUCGCCGCCGUCGCCAAGGUCACCGAGUCAACCUCGGAUGGCGUCAUCCGUACUCCCGAAGAGAUUGUCACGUGGUUGCUCGAGCGCUUGGGUCAGGAAGCCGCGAGUGGUGAAGGCCCGGCACCGACGAUCGACGCCGACACGCCGUGGGCCUGCGUCGGCAUGGACUCGGUGGCCAUUGUCGGUCUCAGCGCCGAGCUCGGCGAAUUUCUCGGCUGCGUCGUGCCGCCGUCGGCGUUCUUCCAGUUUGACACGCCGGCCAAGCUCGCCAACGCCCCAGGUCUUGCGACUGGUGAGCUCGAGACGCAAGAGUCGACGCUCCCCGAAGGCUCGUACGUCGAUGAGAACGGCGAGAUCAAGGCCGAGUGCUACGACUUUGAGUGCUUCCCCGAGGUCCAGCACCUCCGUGGUCAGCUGACCGAGCUCACGGACGCCGGUCUCGUGCUGCCGUACUUGGAUGUGUUGACGGCCGAGAAGAAGCAGCAGCUCAACUUCAACACGUACAACUACCUCGGGUACGCGUCGCACCCCGCGACGGCGCAGGCCUCCAAGGACGCCAUCGACAACUACGGCACGGGCAUGAGCUCGUCGCCGAUCGUUGGCCAAAACAUCAUCAACACGCAGCUCGAGGCCGCCUUGUGCAAGCACUUUGACGCCGAGGCGUCCGUGCUCUUUGUGGGCGGCUGGGUCACCAACGUGACGACGAUCGCGGCGCUCGUCGGCAAGGGCGACCUCAUUCUGUGCGACAUCCUCAACCACAACAGCUGCGUGAACGGCCAGCGCCUCAGUGGCGCGACGAUCCUCGCGUUCCCGCACAAUGACGUGGCAGCCGCCGAACGCAUCCUCAAGUCGGUCCGGCACAAGUACCGGCGCGUGCUGAUCGUGAUCGAGGGCGUGUACUCGAUGGACGGCGACGUGCCAAACCUGCCGGCGUUCGUCGCGCUCAAGAAGCAGCACAAGGCGAUUCUGUUUGUGGACGAAGCGCACUCGUUUGGCACGAUGGGCCAGACGGGCAAGGGCAUGUGCGAGUACUUUGACGUGCCGACCACCGACGUCGACGUGCGCAUGGGUACGAUGAGCAAGGCGCUCGGGUCUGUGGGCGGCUUCAUCCUCGCGGCCAAGACCGUGGUCGACUACCUCAAGUACUCUGCGGGCGGCUUUGUCUACUCGGUGGGCCUCGGUCCGGCCAACGCCGGCGCGGCGCUCAAAGCCGCGCAGCUCAUGGGCGACGAGCCGCAGCGGUCGGUGCGUCUCCAGGAGCUCAGCGCGUUCUUUUACGACGCGUGCGUGGCGGCCAAGCUCGACGUGGGCACCAACGUCCGUGGCGCGUGCGUGGUCGUCGUGUACAUUGGUGGGACGGUCGAGACGGUGCGUCUCUCGAUGCGGCUGAGCGACGAAGAGAAGACUCAGUCACCUCGAUCGUGCACCCGGCCGUCGAGGAGGGCAAGUGCCGGCUGCGCUUCUUCAUCUCGUACUUGCACACGGAAGCCGACCUUAGUCGCACGGUCGAAUCGCUUGUCCGCAUCAUGGGCAGUCUGCGCACGGAGCCCGUUGCUGUCGAGGCCAAGGUCGUGGAAGAAGUCGAUGCGUAAAAGCAAUGUAAUUUAGUAGGAUAUAUUUUAAAUAGGACUAUAUUUGAUCCAGUUA